GCCUUCACUACUCAAAAAUACAAAUGGAACGCUGGCAGCCGAUUAGAAUUCUAUAUGCAACAUGAUCAAGAGUUCACCUUAUUCUUCUUCCACGCCGACGAUGACACGAUAGACCCUACAGCUUGGCGUGAAAUCUACGCUGGUUGUGAGCGGCCCGCCUUACCACAGAUAGACACAUGGCGAUGGACUGUGCCUCAUGAUGGAUACUACUACAUCCGAUACGGCAACGAAAAAGCAUGGUUAUUCUCAGUUACUGUACGGCAUUUAAUCUACCAAUAUCUGACAGAUACAGAAAAAACCAUUGUAACGCCUAUUUCUACGUUUGUUUCAUGA